ACAAAACGCCCCCGCUGUAAACCAAGAUGGCCGACCGGCGCGCCCAGCAAAAGUACUACCCGCCCGACUGGGACCCGUCGAAAGGGUCGAUCAACACGUAUAUGGGGCAGCACCCCCUCCGCGACCGGGCGCGCAAGCUGUCGGAGGGCAUUCUGAUUGUGCGGUUUGAGCUGCCGUUCAAUAUCUGGUGCGGCGGGUGCAACGCCCAUGUUGCAUUGGGCGUCCGGUUUAACGCUCAGAAGAAGCAGGUCGGAAAGUACCUCUCCACGCCCAUUCUGAGCUUCCGUAUGAAGUGCCACUUGUGCGACAAUUGGUGGACCAUCCAGACGGAUCCAAAGACGCAUAAUUAUCUCGUGAUGGAAGGCGCGCGGAGACGCAACCAGGAAUUCUCAGCAGCUGAUAUCGAGGCAGCGCCGCAACGCGCCGAGGCGGACGAGCGGAAAAAGCUGGACAACGACCCUAUGUACAAGUUGGAGCACGGUGUCGUCGACGCCACAGCUGCCAAGAAGGCUCGGUCGCACAUUGACGAGCUGCUUUCGAUCAACGAGAUGCACAAGGAUGACUUUGAUCUCAACUCGCUUGCCCGGAAGCGAUUUCGGCAGGACAAGGCAGUCAUCAAGGAGGACGAGCGCGAGCGUGCUGCCUUCCGCAGUAGCACUCGACUGUACAUUCCGGCAGCCCCAGAGUCUGCAGCGGACGCGACGCGCGCACGGCAAGUGUUCCGUGGGCAAUCGUCAACAACUUCUGCUGUAGCCACCCCUGCACGCGACAGCCUAGAUCCCGAACGGAGAAUUGCCGCAAUUCAGGGAGAGUCCAUAUUUGCAAGAGCCGCCAAGGAUGCGCAGAAACCCCACGUUGGAACGACUCCACGAGCUGCGUCGUCGUCGUCGUCGUCCUCCGCGCCCAACUCGGCUCCCCGUGCCGCUCGACCUGACCAACCAGCCGUGUCCGAUGCAGCACUUGCAGCCCUUCAGCGCAUGCGUCGAGCAGGGUCGUCGGCGGGGAAUUUGCUGGCCAAUAUCCCAGGGAAGACCUCGUCGAUAUUUUGAGGCUGUUCUGUUUCUGUUGAUGGCUCUGAGUCUUGGCCCCCAAACCAUUCUCUGCGAGUCGUGUACUUUUACGUUACAUCAUAAUAGAGUUUAAUUAAAUAGCUGCGAUAACUUCACCAGCUAAGAAUAAAAAAAA